AUGGAUGUUCUUAAUGUUUGUAAAUUUUUGAGUAUUAUUUCUACAAGCUAUGAGAUUUUUAUAUCAUGUAUAAUAUUGAUAUCUAUAUUUAGAAGGAUAGAUUAAAUAAGAGGUGAUUAAAAAAGAAGAUGAGAAGUAGGAAGUUUACAUAUUGAUCACAGUUAGAUAAACUUGA